AAAACCACAUCAGAAGAGCUAGCUAGUACAGUACAAUCAUAGGCAUCCAUCAAAAUGGCUUCAAGAAUCACCGCUGUAUUCCUAGUCGGGCUGCUCCUCUCGUGCGUCGCCAUGAGCAGCGGGGCAAGAAUCCUGGGGGAGGAGACAACUCCGUCCAAAGGCGAGGAGCACCUCCCGAAGCUGCCAAUGCUGCCCAAGGUCGAGCUGCCGCCAUUCCCGGAGGGGCAUCUGCCACCUAAGCCCGAGCUGCCCAAGGUAGAGCUGCCGUCGUUCCCUGAGGUGCACCUGCCACCCAAGCCCCAGCUGCCAACAUUCCCGGAGGUGCACCUUCCAGCCAAGCCGGAGCCGCCAAAGGUGGAGCUGCCACUGAAGCCAGAGAUGCCCACCAUCCCGGAGUUCCACUUCCCGGAGCCGGAGGCUAAGCCAUGAAGACCGUCUUCACUUCUCUUCUCUUUGCUCGCGCUCCUACAUGUAUCCGUUGGUCGUGUUGUGUCUUUGUGUGAUUGUUUAGUCUGGAUUUUCGGAGUGAAUAGUAUAAAACUACCACAAUUCGUCACAUGGUUCCAAAAAACUACCGGAAAUUUGUUUGUGACUGAUAACUACCACUUUUAA